AUGAGUCAUGCCAAAAGCCUCUGCCCUAUCGCUCGCCCCGAGUACGGGAUAUCAGGAAGUCCUAUCAUCCUGCGAGCCAAUCACUUCGAGGUGCACUUACCGCACGACUUGCACUUAUUUCGAUACAGUGUGCAUGUCACUCAUCCGUCGAAGGACGGGCUCCCAGAGAAGAACGCGCGGAGAGCAACUCCCCAGGUCAUUCUGUUGCUGCUGAGAGACCAUUUCUCCGACUACUUCCAGGGGAUUGCCACCGAUGGAUACCAAACCCUCAUCUCCAAACACAGACUGAUGUUACAGGAUGUUCCUUACCCGGUGUUAUACCAAGGGACUGCCUAUCAUGUCACACUCACAUUGAAUGGUAGUCUAAACUUUGCUCGCCUUCACCGACUACCCGGCCUACCGGUCGGUCUUCAAUCAGCUGCGCCCAGCAGAGCGGAAUACCUCCAGGCAUUGAAUAUCAUUCUAGGCCAUCAUCCAAAGUUCACAUCGCCGGCCUUGGUCUCCACCAGCAACGCCUAUUUUGACCGUCGUGCUUCACGCAUCGAUCUAGGCUCGGGUUUACACACCCUCCGGGGACUCCAUGCGGUCAUUCGAGAAGCUCAAACCCGGCUUUGUCUCAAUGUGGCUCCAAAGUUUUCCAUUUGUUACAAUGACGGUCCACUGGACCAUGUCCUGAUCGACUACAUGCGCGAGAAUGGCUCGGAUAUGCGCAAGCUCGCGGCAUUCGUCGGUAAUCUUCGCGUGGAACUCAUACAUCUCAAUGGCCGACGAAGCUCGGGAAAGCGAUCACCCCGGAUAAAAACCAUCGUUGGACUAGCGUCACCAGAGGAUGGGCGAGACAUGUUCCAACCCCCUCUCGUGCGGCACUUUGGGGCUGGGGCCAGGGCUGUCGAAUUUUACCGCGAUACAUCGUGCGAGAAACCGGGACUCUCCAGUGUCACCGAACCGGGAAGCAAAAAGAGGAAGGCCCCGAUGGACAAUGGAUAUGUGAGUGUGUACGACCACUUCCGGACAACUUAUAAUAUCGUGAUCCGUGACCCAUGGCUUCCGGUGGUCAAGGUUGGCAGUAUCUCAAAUCCUUCGUAUCUCCCCGCCGAGGUGUGUCGGGUAUUGCCUGGUCAAGGUCUUCGCCGUCGCCCAACUACUGCACAGUCCCAAGAGGUCUCCCGUCUUGCCGUGAGCCACGCCCGUUCACGCCAUGGACUCGGGUCGAGCCCGGCUGAAAUGCGGGCCAUCCUGGGGUUGCAUGGCUCUCAUGGACCCUCGUUGAGCUCGUUCGGCCUGAAAAUCUCUUCCGAAAUGAUGACCGUCCCCGGUCGUGUCCUACCCGGUCCAUCGAUCGUCUACCGACACGGCAAAGAGGCUGGUGUGCGGUCGGGGGCGUGGAAUUUGCUGGGCCUGAGGUUCCAGGAGAGCACCAAGCUUGCCGGAUGGACGUAUCUAUACUUUCCAGGAACCUCAGACCCCGGCUGGUAUCGCCAGGAUCAACAGUCGAUGGAGGGUGCCUUAAGCAACCUUUACGCGCGCAUGAAAAACGCUGGAAUGAAUAUUCCGCCACCCCGUCUGCCCGGUAUUCGCGUCUCGCCCUCCAGAGACGAUGAUGGGUUGGACCACGCGAUGGACACUUUCCUUGGUUUAUCCUUGACCUUUCUAAUUAUUAUUCUUCCACGGCAAGAUGAAAGGCUUUACAAUCGCGUGAAGUAUCUCUGUGAUGUGCGGAAAGGAAUCCCCAAUAUCUGCGUUGUCUCCCCUCGAUUUUUACGGGCGAAGGAUGAAUAUCUGUCGAACGUGGUUUUCAAGAUGAACUUGAAAUUCGGGGGGUUGAACCACACCCUCCCGGCUCUCAGUCUCUCCAUCAUCCACGAGGGAAAGACUAUGGUGGUCGGUGUGGACGUGACCCAUCCUACAUCCAGCAACUCCUCGCCGGACACCCCCAGUGUGGCUGCGAUGGUCGCCUCGACCGAUCCAUUCCUGGGGCAAUGGCCUGGCGCCGUGCGCGUCCAACCGGCUCGUCAGGAAAUCGUUUGUGAGAUCGACAAGCUCCUGUUAUCCCGACUCCAUCUGUGGCAGAAGCGCAACCACGGUGCUCUGCCCGAAAACAUUCUCGUAUACCGCGACGGAGUUUCCGUGACCCAAUAUGGCAGUGCCCUCAAUACCGAGCUCCCUCUGCUGCAGAAAGCGUGUGCAGGCCUGUAUGAGAAUCAUCAUCGCCCACCACCUCGCUUUACCAUCGUUCUCGUGGAGAAGCGCCAUCAGAUCCGGUUUCAGACGGCCGAUGGCAGACCAUCCGGGUCCAGACCACCGCUGCACCGGAGCAGUAACCCCCCCAAUGGUACGGUCGUAGAUCGAAGGAUCACCGACAGCCAAACCUGGGACUUUUACAUUCAGUCUCACGCUGCCCCUCGGGGUACUGCUCGUCCGGGACAUUACGUGGUGCUCUUUGAUCAAAUCUUCCAGGGCGCUCUCCAACGCCAAAACCGACGAGGAGGGGACUCGAAUGUGGCCGAUGCGCUUCAGGCGCUGACGUAUCACUUAUGUUACCUCUAUGCUCGUGCGACUCGAGUGGCCAGUAUCUGUCCACCCGUAUUCUAUGCGGAUUUGGCCUGUUCUCGGGCACGCUGCUACCUGCAGGAGGUGAUGAAACCUUUCUCCGGGAAGGUCCCCUCCUCCUCCUCCUCCUCCUCCUCCUCCUCCCGACCACGGCUCCUGGAUAUCGGCCCGCAUGAGAAGAUCAAGGAUACCAUGUUUUACAUCUAG